ACUCCAAACCCCUAAACCCCACCUAUUUCCUCGUCUUUUUGUAAUGGCAGGAAUCCAACAUUCUCUCUAUCCAAAACCCCAAAACUGCACACAAAACACCACCCCUCCUCUCUCCCUCUCUCAAAUGGAAGAAAUGCAAGCCACCAUUCUCCCUCCAAACACCCAGAAAUUCAUAUAAAAUCCCACCUCUUCCCUCUCUCAUAAAUGGCAUAAAUCCAACAAAACCUCACUGGUUUUCCCUUAUCCCGUCCGUCCAUCUCAGUCCACUUCAUCCUACCCCUAGAAAGUCUCGAAUCCAUAUCCUUCACCUACUCCAUCUCACCAACAUUAUCGUCCGAUCUCAGAAUCUUCAUCUCGGCGGAAGUUCUCUCUCCAGAUCAUUUCUCCGACAUCUUGAUUUUGGUAUGCACUAACAAACAAGAACCGGAAUUUUUAAAGAUUGGCCGAGUCAGCUCGGGUCCUAGCCCUGCCUGUAGCAACUUCCUUAUCUAUGAACGCCUCCCUAAAUUGAUUUCCAUGCCGCAUGUAGGUUUUGAUUCUGAAAUUCGGUGAAGUUGAACGACAUGCAGGCGGUAAAAGCCAGCUGGGUUGGGCAGACAUUUGCCCUUGCUAAAUGCAAUGAUUCUCAGGGGAAGAAGACUCGCACUCGCCGAAGUAAAGAGGAGAGGAAGACAAUGGUCGAGACCUUCAUAAAGAAGUACCAGACUUCAAACAAUGGGAACUUCCCCUCACUCAAUCUCACCCACAAGGAAGUUGGUGGAUCUUUCUACACAGUACGGGAAAUUGUACGGGAGAUAAUUCAGGAAAAUAAAGUGCUAGGUCCUGCUACUGUUUCUUUAGAAGAACAAUGCACAUCUGGAUCACUCUCUAGAGAGCCUUACAGUGAUUUAUCCUUGUCAUCAGUAAUUGGGAGUGCAAUCGACCAUAUGCAACCAGAGAUUCUUUUCCUUUCUGAAGAGGAUCAGAGCAAACAUGAAGAAUCUGUUAUGACUUCAAGCCAGGGAUCUUCUAACAGGUUUUAUGAAAUGGUUGAAUCCAAUGACAAGAAAACUAUUAAAGCUUAUCCAAAAGAUGCUUGCAUCCCGCAAUUUAUACAUGAGGACUCUGCUGCUCAUCAGCAGCAGAGUUUGUACCUCGAUGGAAAUUUUGCUGAUGAACAAUGUAAAGAAGGGGAGGCUUGGAAACCGUCAAAGAUGGAAGGGAUUAGAAAGCAAGAGGAUGAACUUGGUUGUAAGGAAGUUGUGAUUAGUGAAAAACUGGAUAUAGCAGAGCAUUUUGCAGAAACAUCUGUUGAUACAGUAGCUCCUACAUUUUCUGAGUUAACCCAUACAUCAUCAAUAGGGAAGGAUGCUGAAAAUGGCAAAGCAAGUGACAGCAUAGAUGUUCCUACAGCUACUGUUGUGGUCGAUGAUGCUGUUUCAGAGGCAGUGGUGUCAGAUAUUACGCCUGAAACCAAAAUUGUGAUAGAUGUGGAAACAGGAAAUAUAUCUGUUCCGAUACAGGAGCAGUCAUCUCCUGCUUAUGUCAAAGCGGCAUUUCCUUCAACAUCUGCUGCCGACCUGACUAUCAGCCAGAAUGGAAUGUCUGAAGCAGCAGGAGCAAGCAUUGCAAAUCCAAUUUCAGAAAGUUCUGGUUUUCAUAGAAGUGGAAGUCUGACACAUGAUGUUCCGAAUCAUGAAAUAAGUAGCCUUUUGAAGGAUGCAGGUCUUGAAGUAUCUCAUAAUGAUUUCCUGACACCACAGUCAUAUGAUCAGCCCAAUCUAGUAACAGAAGUUGAGCCUCUACUUGCUCCUAGUGAUGCACAAGCAGAGAAAGUCACUGCUAAUGUUGAUAAGACUUGUGGAGAAUCAAAGUCACUCUCUCCUGUUACUAAAGAAGCAGCAGAGAUCAAUGCAGAAGCUGAUCUUAAACAGAAGAGCAACAAUAGAAAUGGAAGAAGCAGCACAUUAGAUGGAAUGAGCAGAGAAGGAUUGUUUCAGAGGCAUUUCCGACAAGAUCUAGGUCAAAUUCAAAGAUCGAAACUUAUUUUUUUACAUCAAAUCGAAGAAUCAAAGCUCCUGAGCUCACUUUUGCAAAAAUCGAAAAAAAGCCGAUCAUUAGAAAAGGAAACUGCUAGAGGUGCAGAGUCGGAGACUAAUCCGUUUUGGGCUGCAAUUAAGGCAUUCAUCGCUGCCGUUGCAAAGUUUUUGGUGGAAUGAGGCAUGGAGCAUUUGCUGAUACGAAAAUGGGAUGAGCAAGUGGCCCUGACAAUUACAAAGGAGUCAUGCUUGAAAGGUGAGGGAAUUGGCUCCUUCUCUUUCCAUCCCAUUUUAUCCUUCUUGUUUUAUGAUUGUAUUCUAUUUAAUUUCUUCCCGUCCCUAUAUCCUCCCAGAUUUUCCAUGAAGUUGACUGGGACCAAACAACUUAAAGGUGCCCUUGGUUGUAAUCUAAGUUUAGCAGAAAGGAUAAUCGGUUUGAUCAAGAUCAUUUUUCAAUGAUGACCCACUAAACUAAACAGGGAAGUCCCAAGGAAAGAGGAAAUGGCACAAAUAAGUGGGAGACAGCCUCAAUUACAGUUCUUCAUUCGUUUCAACUUUGACAUGAAACUAAGGCUUCGUUUAGUUGUUACAACAUUGGAAUAGUAUGGCUCCUCAAAACAAAAUUGAGUUUUGUUCA